AUGACAUUUCAGGCCUUGGAUAGUAUAAUUGGAAACAGCGCAUAUCAACAUGUUAUAACGAAUCAGUGGAGUCAGCAGGCUGUGGAAACAAUUACCACCAAUCUUGUGAAACUCAACAAACCCUACAAAUUCAUUGUGACAUGUGUUAUUAUGCAAACGAAUACUGGUGCUGGACUAAGCGUUUCGAGUACCUGCUACUGGGAUAAAUCCACGGACUGUAAGUUAUGA